UUGGCUGAGCUUUGGAUGCUGUGACAGAGAUGCGGACUGACCAAAUCCACACUAUAAACAAAUGUGUUUGGGAGCGUCUUGCCAGAAGGAAUUUUGACUCGACAGUUAAUAUCAUCUUCAGCAGGUGGUCUCAAGUUGUAGAGAAGAAAGGGCACUCAUCUCAGCUACUCCUCCAGCACAACCUGAUACUGUACCUGUAAUGUGCCGUAAAACACGAAUGUGACUUUCUAUAUUUUGAAUAUGUGGAAGUAGGAAUAAUGGAUGGUCAAGUAUCUCACGACAGUGCAGAUCAUAAUGCUAUUACACAUGAAUGUCAACUACAGAAAAAUGACUCCUUGGAUCAUAUGGAGUUGACACAUAAUAUAAGAAAAGAUCCCACAGAUGCUAGUAAUGAAUAUCAGAGUAUAACAAAUAGUGUAAAUGUUCAUAUGCAACAUAAACCUGGGAAUGAAAAUGCCAUGGACAAUAGUUACACUGCAGAGAAGAGUUCCAGAACUCAUGAAAAAAAUGUAGAUGUUGCAUUUCAUAAUUCAGAAAGUACAGAAUGCCAUAAUAUAUGCAGUAAUGAAAAUUUGGAGGCUGAAAAGUAUCUUGGUAUUAAAUCUAAUUGGUUAUUAGAUCCCAGAAGCAUUAAUGUUAAAGCACUUGAUGUGUCAGAAGAUGCCUCUGUAAAGUCACAGGAAAUAUCUUGCAUGGACAUUACUCUGACCGAUGACUCAGAAAGUGUAGAUAACAAAGCCACUUUGUGUCCAGCAGUGCCAGUGCCAGAGUAUAUAAAUAAUGGAAGUGCUACACAUCUUGAGAAAUCAGAUAAUACAGCAAGCAUCUGCAGUUCACAGCAUGAAAUUUCUGAAACCAUGUUAGACAAAGACAUCACACAAAUCAGUAAGUUGGGAAGUGUGGGAGACAUCAAUAUUCCUGCUAAAGAUAUUAAAGAAGACUCAGAAGACAGAGAGGGCAAUGUGAUUUCACAAAAUCAGUUGGAGAGUGAAAAUAAAGUAAGCAGUGAUCAGGUAGAUUGUCAUGUGAUUGAUGAGGAGUCUGAUAAUAACGAUGAAUCUGAUGAACCAAGUGACGGAUUGCACAUCACUAAGCUAGGAAAAAUUUGUAGAGUAUGUGGUGAAAUGACAGUGAAGUAUGAUGGGCAAAAAAAAGGUGUCCCAAAACAUGCAAUUGUUAAGCAUGUGAAAAAAAUCUGGAAUGUUGAUAUUUCGGAUGAAAGUUCUGACAUUUAUCCUGUCAAUGUGUGUCAUAGUUGUGAAAGGAGAAUAAAGCGACUGUAUCCUAAAAUUUCCAAAAGGAAAAAAUGUGAAAUGUUCAGGCAUAAACUAGCAGACUUUAUUGAACACAAUGAGAAUGAUUGUGCUGUAUGUUUAUUGAAGGAGCGAACUCCAUCGCCUUCUCGUUUGUCAUGUGAAUUGUCACAGAAAGAAACUGGUUCUGCAAAUGAAGUUAAUAAAAGCCAGGGUAGUGAUAUUGAAGUAAAUGUAAACUCUAGGCAUCAGACAUUGCUAGAAUCUAGAAGAAAUUCAGCUUAUAAAAGAACCUGGGAAGAUGAGGGGAUGUCUUUUAAGACUGUUGGGUGUCAGACAGAAUUAGAUAAUGAACUAGAGAGUAUGACUGGCUUAGAAGAGCAUGAUUAUACUCAGGAUGAAACACUCGGUCAAUUCCGUGUCUUACCCAAAAAAUUAGGUGGUAGAUCAUCAUAUCAGAAGCAGUCACUGAUCUCUCUUACUGCCAAAUACAUUAGGCAAGAUCGUCUUAAACCUUUGAUUGCUCAUAUUGACAAAUUUUGUCAGUUGCACAAGGAGGAUAAAAUUGAUGCAAUGUUUUUCUUGCUGAUGCAGACAUUGCGAGAUGCUGGUGACCGAUCUAGGGAGACUCUCAUAUUGGAUGUAUGGUGCAAAAAGAAUAAUGUCGGCAUGUCGCUUACAGAAGAAGAGUGUCUUGCAAAGCGAAUCAUGCUCAAGCAGACCAAAGAUCAGUAUAGAAAAGAAUAUAGCUAUUACAAAGAAAAGUUGGAAAAAUCAGUAUUAAAACCUCCAUUUAUUAUUGAUCGACUGGAGAAAACCUACUUCCCAGAGCACCUUGAGUAUUUUGUGACUGAUGGGGAACUAGGGCCUGUAGUGUAUCAGCAUGAAAAGAGCACACAUCCUUCAUACUUCACCAUUUCAGACUGUCAAGAUGCUAAUGGAAAAGGAGACAAUGCACGUGCUAGUGUCAUGGGUGUUCGAUGGCGAUACUUUGAUGCUGUUGCCAAGACAUUAGAAGAGUUAUCACAUUUUCUUGAAAAUGAAAUCCAAGACAUUAAUGAAGAUGCUUGCAUAAACGUUGACAUGUUUGACUACUGCGAAGAAAAGAGAGACAUGACAACUAUUAAUGAUAAAAAUGACUCAUCGGGAAAUGGUCGUGGGGCCCAGAGUAAAAUGAUCACUUACUUUUUUGGUGUUCAGUCUAUGCAGUCUCUCACAGAAAACACUGUUACCUCAUUAUACAAAUCCAACCCAAACACAGUGCUGUUCAGACCCCUUAUGAAAGCACUUGUAGCUGAAGGUGGUGUAUUGCAUCCUGCAGUUAUGGCAAUUGAUGAAGAAAAAGAUGCAAUGACCGAUAAAGUCUUCCAUAUCACACUGCCAAGUGGUACACCCCUUCGUUUUAUGGUUUCUUUCAGUAAUUCAUCACUUCAGAUACGGAAGGACUGCAGGAAUGUAAGUGGACUCUCACUCUCCUCUUUCAAAAAAGUUCCAGUAAUUUUCAACCGAUAUGGAAGUAUCUGCUUAGAACUUAAGAGAAGCUGGCUGGCUACAAGUCCACGCUUGGUUCAUGUUAGCCAAGUCACAAAAUCCCGCACAAAAUGCAGUCGGUGUGGCGAACAGGGUCACAAUGUCCGGAAAUGUUCCUUGCCAUCUGGUAAUACAACUGAAGACACUGGUGUGCAGCGUAAGAAACGCAAAAAACAACGUACAGCUCCUUCAUCUUCGCAUUCUACCACUGUUGGCCAGAAUGCUGAGAUUCGUUCCAAAGAUUCAAAAAGGCUCAAUAUGAGCUCUCAUCAUCAUCAUCAUCAUCAUGAACUACAGCAACAACAGCAGCAGCAUCACCAGCAUCAACUCCAUCAAAAUCCACAUCAUUCACAGCAUGGAUCACAGGAAACACUUGCUCAGCUUGCAACAGGAGCAACCAGCAUUGAUCAAAAUUCAGGAAUCAUUCAUAAUAAUGAACAGAUCCUUUAUACAUGUCCUAGUUUAGGAAAUACAUCAUCACAUAUAGGUAACCAUGCAUCUCAAGGCACUCAGGUGUUGAUGCCUACGCAUGUUCCUUCUUCCAGUGCUGAGUACCAGUCAUUACCUCAGAGACCACAUACACAAAUCUCACAAGGAACAUCUACACCUGUGUAUGUUUGGGCAUAUACUGUGGUACAGCCACAACAAGGAUCAUCACAGCAUCAACCUCAGCAGUUGUCUCUUGUUCAUGACCAGCCAGUACAACAAGCAGUAACCCAACAUGCACAGCAACAGUUGUCAUUGGUCCACCAGCAGACAUCUCAGCAAGAGACAUCUCCUCAGCAUCAGCAGUUGUCGUUAGUCCACCAGCAGUCAUCUCAGCAAGAGGCAUCCCCACAGCAUCAGCAGUUGUCAUCAUUGAUCCACCAGCAGCCAUCACAGCAAGAGGCAUCCCCACAGCAUCAGCAGUUGUCAUUGGUCCACCAGCAACCAUCUCAGCAAGAGGCAUCCCCACAGCAUCAGCAGUUGUCAUUGGUCCACCAGCAAUCAUCUCAGCAAGAGGCAUCCCCACAGCAUCAGCAGUUGUCAUUGAUCCACCAGCAAUCAUCUCAGCAAGAGGCAUCCCCACAGCAUCAGCAGUUGUCAUUGGUCCACCAGCAGUCAUCUCAGCAAGAGGCAUCUCCACAGCAUCAGCAGUUGUCAUUGGUCCACCAGCAGUCAUCUCAGCAAGAGGCAUCCCCACAGCUUCGCCAGUUGUCAUUGGUUCACCAGCAAUCAUCUCAGCAAGAGGCAUCCCCACAGCAUCAGCAGUUGUCAUUGAUCCACCAGCAGCCAUCACAGCAAGAGGCAUCCCCACAGCAUCAACAGUUGUCAUUGGUCCACCAGCAGUCUUCUCAGCAAGAGGCAUCUCCACAGCAUCAGCAGUUGUCAUUGGUCCACCAGCAAUCAUCUCAGCAUGAAGCAUCCCCACAGCAACAGCAGUUGUCUGUUGCUCAUCAGCAGUCAUCUCAGCCAGGUACACCCCAGCCACAUCAGCAGUUGACCAAUGCUCACCAACAAUCAGGACAACAAUCAACAGCUCAACAGCUUGUGGGGGAAAUUCUCCAGCAUAUAAUCUCAUAUAAUAAUAAAGUACAUAAUUGAUUUAAAUAAAAAGUAGAUUAAAUAAAGAUUAAAACAUUGCCAACGUUAUUUUACAUUAGAAUAACGCACUUCAGGUAUCAAAUGAUGGUUUUCUGCUGUGGUUAUGAUUGGAGCAAAGUUUUGUUAGAUAAAUAAGAUAUAUCUAGAUGAUAUUCAGUUUGUGACUUUUUACCCAGCUGGAAUCAGCUGAUCGCAGCCGGGAAAACUUUAUCUAGAAACAGAUAUAUAAUUUGAUCUACUGAAUUAAAUCAAUUUCCAAUCGAUAUUACCUAGUAAAUUAAACAAGGUUAGACUGGGUUUAAAUCGGUUUAUUUAUACAGUACUGUAUAUAGUUUAUUCUCGUGGAAGCCGGUCGGCUGAUGCAAUAACGGCAUCGAUAUUAGUGAAUACUGUAUUUGGUUGUUCUAAGCAACUGGUAAGUACAGUAGUGUUAGUAAAUUUGAUUUCUUAGCACAAUAAUCGUCUGAUCUUACAGUACUAGAAUUGAUCUUAUCGUACUAGGGGUUUGUAUUUGGGUGUCGGAAAUUUCCGACACAGCUUUCUGUUAUCAAUCAGCAGAGUCCUCAGCAGCUGUCACCACAACAGGGGUUUCUGCUCCUUUAGUCCUGGUAGUCGUUUUUUUCAGUUGCAGCGUUCUUCUUUUCUGGCGAAGAAUGAGACGGCUGUUUUCUAGAGGGGGUCCUUGGGUCAUUGAUGUUUG